GAGUAGAAGAGAAUGGCCAGAACCAAGCAGACAGCGCGCAAAUCCACCGGAGGGAAAGCUCCCCGCAAGCAGCUGGCGACCAAAGCGGCCCGCAAGAGCGCUCCGGCCACGGGCGGAGUGAAGAAGCCUCAUCGCUACAGGCCCGGCACGGUGGCUCUGCGGGAGAUCCGCCGCUACCAGAAAUCCACCGAGCUGCUGAUCCGCAAACUGCCCUUCCAGCGCCUGGUGCGAGAGAUCGCUCAGGACUUCAAGACCGACCUCCGCUUCCAGAGCUCGGCGGUGAUGGCCCUGCAGGAGGCCAGCGAGGCUUACCUGGUGGGGCUGUUUGAGGACACCAACCUGUGUGCCAUCCACGCCAAGCGGGUCACCAUCAUGCCCAAAGACAUCCAGCUGGCCCGCCGGAUCCGCGGGGAGCGCGCCUAAACGGAGCCUGGCCGGCCCUGCACAUUCACCCCGAGAGAGAGAGAAACACAACGGCUCUUUUCAGAGCCACUAAACCAUCCAGAGAGAGCGGGAAGCGAUGUGGUACAUUAAUGUUGUAAAUCAAGGAAGUAAAAUGA